AUGGCACCCACUACGAGGAAUGGAAAGAAAGCUGAUCGCAACCACCAGACAGCAGAAGAGGAAAAGUAUGACAGCGAAGAUGAAAACUUCUUGCUAAAGGUGAUUGCUGAGCGCUACCAAACGCCUGCUGACAACACGGAGGCGCGACAGGUGGAUACCGGUAUUGGUGCUGUGGAAGACGGAGCCAAGGCUCUACGUAAGAACCCUGAUCACCACUCGGUACCGGUAGGCAACAUGGUUCCUACUAAGCUUGAUGGACCGGAAAAAGCACAAGGAAGUAAAGAAGAGAGUGCUUCGACCGAGGGUGUCGCGGAGGAGAGUCUACCUGGGGCGCACGCUGUUGGAGGGCUCCAAGAAGAAGAUGGAGAAGAAUCCAGCAGUGCUCUUUCACGUAAUGAAUCUUGUGACGAGCCAAUCAAUGAUGCGUUCCUUGUUGACCCAUCUGUAGCAGAUGUAGCAGAUGUGGAGUCUGGGGCCAUGGACCUUGAAACGGAAGAAGUGUUUCAUGGCCAAGUCAUGCCUGAGCCCCCUGUUAAAAACAACGGUGCUGCAGUUUGCUCCAUAGCUCUGGUUGUUGUUGUAGCGGUGGUGGUGGUGCUGCUAGUGUUCACCCUUUCUCCUUCAAAGGGUGAGAUGGGGCAAGCUACCAACAGCAGCGGUAGCAACAACAACCCAGAGGAAACAGAUUCGGUCCUUUAUCCACCAUUUGAUGAGGGGCUUCCCCAAGACAUUGCAAAAAAGAUACAGGAAGUGGGAAGUGCUUGCUACAAGGCCAAUCUUUGGAUGCUGCAAGAUCCGAGACUCCAAUCUUACUCCCUUGAAAGGAAGAAUCAACGUUUCUCCAUGGUUUGGAUGUACUUUGUGUCCAAUGGUCACAACUGGACGCAGUAUGAUCAUUGGCUGAGCUACAAUGUAUCAGAGUGUGAAUGGUUCUCCCAGAAAAGCAGCCUCAGCAUACAAGGUUGGCAUGAAGGCAAAGAACCCGAGAAAGUAUGCGAUCAAGAUGACAAUGUGCUUGUCAUGAACCUUAGCUCCAACAACUUGCAGGGAUAUGUACCAAAUCCUAUACCAGCAGGGUCAAUGUUCAACCGAAUCUUUGACCUUUCAGACAAUGGUCUUUCUGGCAACCUUCCAAUAAUCAAUGCUCAGCAAACCUUCAUGGAAAUCUUGAGUAUUUCAAACAACAAGUUUGAUGGCUUCAUCCAAUCAAAAGGUUCCUUUUCGCUUUCAAAUCUAAGAGUUGUCAAGAUGGAUGGCAACACGUUGUAUGGUGGAACUGAAGAUGUCUAUUAUUUCCUGCCAAAGCUUGAGUUCAUUGAUCAAACUGGAAAUCCGUACAAUGCCCGCCUUGCACAUACAUUCCAUAAUUGCAAGAACUUGACUCAUUUGAAAAUCGGUGCAACCGGUUCCUAUGGCCCCAUUCCCACUGAGAUGGGAUUGGUCACAUCGCUGCACGAGCUUGAUUUGUCAGCCAACCCUCUUAUCAACGGGACGGUGCCUGCUUCACUGGGAAAUCUCACAGCUUUGACCAAGCUUGACAUCCGAGGCACUGCCGUAACGGGAAGCCUUCCCGAUGAGCUGUGCCACAGAGUGAAAGAAGGAGUGCUAGAGAUCCUUGCCAACUGCAGUCGUGUGUUGUGCUGCAAUGCGAGUGAGUGAGUGACAGACACGUGAAGGUGGCACAAGUGGAGCAAAGAGAGCUUAGGGUGGUUGCGCGUCCAACAAUGAUCAUACAGAUCUGUACAUGGUUAACAAG